AUGCCUCUCGAUGACGCUUUUUCAAAGAGCGUCGAAAAGAUGCAGCUUUCAGCCUUGAAGCGUUGCUGGAGUAAACUCGCGAUCGCUACGAUCGAGGCGACGGAAUCGUUGUUUUCUUCCUCAUUUCUUCUCAUCAGUAUGUCAUCACUGACAUUCCUACUCUCAUUAUCCAUUAUUCAGGUCUUUGCAGCAGUGACUCAAUGGAUUAAAUACGAUUUGCCGACACGAAAGCAGUUCCUUUCGCAGUUGCUGGAACACGUAAGACUUCCGCUCUGUGAGCCGCUAUUUCUCGUCAGAACAGUCAGUGAGGAUAUGGUAGUGAUGGCUGACACCGGCUGCCGACAUUUUGUGGAUGAAGCAAAGGUUAAUGGGGUCUUGCUGAGGAUUGCUCCCAUUCUUCACCCAAUGUUUUCCAUUUUUGCUUUUCAGAACUACCACCUUCUAGACGCAUACAGACAUGAACGACUAAAUAUGCAGGGGCAUCGCUUUCGUCCACGGAAAGUGUUCUCCGGUGAAGUGUUGUACGCUGGUAUGAUGAAGUACUGCGGCUCAUGUUUUUUGUUCUAA